AUGGAGAUCGAAGCUCUUCUUGACCAGUUCUACACCAAGCAGAACCAACUGGCUCAGAAUGGAAACACAAAUGGGUUAGUCCAUUCAAAUCUCUUAUUUUUACAGAUGGAUUUUUGCAACCCAAGUGUUAUCAGACUGUUGAUUGGUCAAGUGUCUGACGUAUAUAUUUUAAUUGACAGGGAUGUUUUGAAUGAGGCCAUUCAUCAGAACGUCUUGAGAGAGCUGCAAGAGGAGAGGAGUGCAAUGGUAUGUGUAUCAAUCACUCAACUCCCCUGUUCACCUGAAAAUGUAGUUUUAAUAAAUUGAAAAUACCAUUGUUUGUAAUAGGUGGUUUUUCAUAUUUCUUCAUUCCUUUCAUUUGCAGAGAAUAGUCAUACAGAGGCUCACUGUGGCUCAGGAAAGGUACAUACUUUGUUCUCUCAUCACACAGAUUCUAUGUGGAAUAUACAUGUGUAGUGUGUAUGCAAAUACACUUUCUCUUAUAUGCAUUUUUUGAAAGUUAUACAUCUGUUUUUGUGUGUUUUCUUUUGUUGUGUUGAUUAGACUGGCGAGUCAGGAAUCCCUGUUGGCCCAGUAUCAGACCAGUGUCCAGGAGCUGACUAACAAGCUGAGGAACCGCUGCCUGGAGCUGAGCCAGACGGACCAGAACAGGAGUGACUGCUUCAGGUGAGAAGGGCAUCAGGAUCUGCUGAGGUAAUUGUAUGUAGUUUUUAAUAAAUUAAAUUAUCAUAUGGAGUGCAGAAAAUGGCAACUUGAUCUAGUUGACAGGCUGGAUCAUUUUAUGGGAGGCAUCAAUCUCCAUGCUCCUUCAGACAUGGCAAUGAUAUCAGGCGCUGUCUUAGUCCAUGAUUUGUUUUAAGAGGGGCCCUUUGUAGUGAAUCUAGCUAAUGUAUGGUGAUGAUUUUAGUGAGAAUGAAGGAGGGGAAAAUGUCAAUGUCGGCAAACCUGUCCCCUACAGGAAGUUCUUCGGAAGUAGGUUGACCACCUGUCUGAGGAGAACAGCAAGCUUGUGGGCCAUAAGAACCAUAAGCAGAGGAUUGAGUACCUGGUCAAGCUCAAAAAGGAAAACACCAAACCUCAAGUGGUG